AUGAUCAAGCGAGAGCAAAGCGAGAGCAAGCCGACUUACUUCUCGUCUGUGCAAAAUGGCUCGCUUCUAUCCGAAUCCAGAAGAUACACAUUCCCAAAUUUUGUCGUUCAUGUCAGGCAUGGUGUAGGGCUUCUAAUGGGGGCCAUGAUUUCGACCCAGUAUGCCAAGGAUGCCCAAAAGGUUAUCGAGCCUUUGACCAGAGGUCGGUACGGGGACAACGAGAUCGAAUUGACCUGUUGGGAGGUCAUGGACUGCCUUGUGACCCGCCAAAUCAAUGCGGUCAGCUUUACGGAAGCCCAGAAGAACCAGGGGACAGGACGCGUCGUUCAGUCAUCUACCGAAUGA